AUGGCGACCGGCCAACUGUUCUCGAAGAAUACUCAGGCUCUGUUCUACAACUACAAGCAGAAUCCCGUUCAACGGAUGCUGGAUUUCGACUUCUUAUGCGGUCGAACUCUGCCUUCUGUUGCUGGCAUCAUUACACCGGGAUCUGAUGGCUUUCACAAGCUCUUCUUCGGCCAAGAGGAGAUCGCGCUUCCGGUCCACCCCAGCAUCACGGCGGCCUGCAAGGCACAUCCAACGGCUGACGUCUUCGUCAACUUCGCGUCGUUCCGAAGUGCGUUCGAGUCGUCGUUCGAGGCGUUGAAGCAGCCCACCAUCCGAGUGGUGGCCAUCAUCGCAGAGGGCGUGCCAGAGGCCGACACGAAGACGCUCAUCGCCUACGCGCGCGCCAACAACAAGGUGAUUAUCGGCCCGGCAACGGUGGGUGGCAUCCAGGCGGGAGCGUUCAAGAUUGGAGACACAGCGGGCACGCUGGACAACAUCAUCAGCUGCAAGCUCUACCGCCCUGGCUCCGUCGGAUUCGUCUCCAAGUCGGGAGGCAUGUCGAACGAGAUGUACAACGUGCUGGCGCGCACCACAGAUGGACUCUACGAAGGUAUCGCCAUUGGUGGCGAUGGCUUCCCAGGCUCCACGCUCUCAGACCAUGUCUUGAGAUUCAACAACAUUCCGCAGAUCCGCAUGAUAGUGGUGCUGGGCGAGCUGGGUGGUGCAGACGAGUACUCGCUGGUGGAGGCGUUGAAGGAGGGGCGCGUGCACAAGCCCGUGGUGGCGUGGGUCAGUGGCACCUGCGCAACGCUCUUCAAGUCCGAAGUCCAGUUCGGCCACGCCGGCGCCAAGAGCGGAGGGGAGAGCGAGUCAGCACAGGCGAAGAACGCGGCGCUCAAGGCAGCGGGGGCCAUUGUGCCGACAUCAUUUGAGGACCUGGAGACCGUCAUCCGCGCCACCUACGAGAAGCUCGUAGCAGAGGGCGCCAUUCAGCCAGUGGCGGAGAAGAAGCCGCCCACAGUGCCGGAGGACCUCACAGCUGCCAUCAAGGCCGGCAAAGUGCGCGCCCCCACACACAUCGUCUCCACCAUCUGUGACGAUAGAGGCGAGGAGCCGACAUACGCGGGGGUGCCCAUCUCGACCAUAGUGGAGAAGGGCUUUGGCGUGGGAGACGUCAUGUGCCUGCUCUGGUUCAAGCGCUCCCUCCCCGCCUACUGCACCAAGUUCAUUGAGAUGUGUGUGGUGCUGUGUGCGGAUCACGGCCCCUGUGUGUCUGGCGCACACAACUCCAUUGUCACCUCGCGAGCCGGCAAGGACCUGAUCUCCUGCCUUGUCUCUGGUCUGCUCACCAUCGGCCCGCGCUUUGGAGGAGCCAUUGAUGACGCAGCACGAUACUUCAAGGAUGCUGUUGAGCGGGGUUUGAGUCCAUAUGACUUCGUGGAGGGAAUGAAGAGGAAGGGCAUCCGUGUUCCCGGCAUUGGCCAUCGCAUCAAGAGCCGUGACAACCGGGACAAGCGAGUGGAGCUGCUGCAAGCUUACGCGCGCUCCUCCUUCCCCUCGGUGAAGCACAUGGACUAUGCAGUAGCUGUGGAGACAUACACGCUCACCAAGGCGGCCAACCUGGUGCUCAACGUCGAUGGCUGCAUCGGGGCGCUCUUCCUGGACUUGCUCACGUCCUGCGCCAUGUUCACCAAGGAGGAGAUUGAUGAUAUCGUAGCCGUGGGGUACCUCAAUGGACUGUUUGUUCUCUCCAGGAGCAUCGGGCUCAUCGGGCACACGUUUGACCAGAAGCGGCUCAAGCAGCCACUGUACCGCCACCCGUGGGAGGACGUGCUCUACACCAAGUGA